AUGGGUUCUACUAUGCAUGUUAUCGCUUUGAUAGAACAAAAAUCGCGUCAGAAUGGUAUCGAAUAUGGUGUGGGUAGAUUUAGAUGUGAAGAGGGUCAAUUUGGUACAUUUCGAUUUAGGAUACAUUCAAGUGCGAGAAUGACAAAAUAUUGUCAUCCUUUCUCUGAAGGCGAUGUUGUUACUUUGGUGGGACAAUUUUCUUACGAGACUAUAGAAAAAGAAGAAGGAUUUACGUUAAAUGUAUCAGUAGCAACUCCUUUCCCAUCACCGUCAUCAGGUUGUUGGGAACCUGAAGAGAUACCACUUUCUGCUCCAUAUUUGAGUUUUCAUACUCAACCUAUUCCCGGUUCAUUAAGGCAAAUAGAAAAUUGUCAAUUUGUUCGAACGAAAUCAUCAAUCCAUAGUGGAUACUCACGAUCAUACACAGAUCCAAGGUUUAGAGUAGGUUAUCAAACUGAUAAUGAAAAAUGGAAUAACAUGGCGGUCAAUUGGGAUGCUUAUUCACAAUUUUUUAUAUCUGGAUUCUUCCUUUACGUUGAUAACGGAGAGGUACACAUUGAGGCAACUGAGAUUGAAGUUGAUCCAUCAGCAAAAAAAUGUGGAAAAACGAUCAUAUCAAGUUUAUCGAAUUCAACAGUUCCUGUUGUAAGUCCUUUGGCAAAAAGUUUGGCUCGUUUACUUGAACAAGAGAAAAUUCCUUUUUCAACUCCUUCUUCAUUAGGAACUUUUGGUAAACAUUCUUUUGAUCAAAUAUCAUCAAAACCAGAGAAAAAACCUGCGUCAUUACGCCCUUUGGCGCCAAAAAGUUCAUCCGGUUCUUUACAACAUCAUUCACAAAAUCAAUUGGGUUUACAAUCUUUACAACCGCAAUUAUCAGAUCAGCCAAUUCCAGAAACUUUAAGUAAAGAUUUACUGAAAGGUAUGCAAGCGUAUCAUCACUUAAUGCAACGGUUCGGUAAUCCAAUGCCUAGUCAACCUCCUUCACAUAUAUCAGUAUUUUCACCGUUACAACAAGUUCCUUCGUCAGAGCAAUCCCCAUCAUCAACCGAACAAAUUUCCGAAAUGAUUGCUGAUCAAGGUACGCGUCAAGACAUGAACUCCGUCGCCACAGGAGUCCAGCCCAAAGUAAGACUAUUCACCUCAAUUUAUGUUUCAUCUCUUUAA